AGUCCGGAGCCGAGGAAGCGGGCGCCUGCGCAGAAGGGAGUGGCGGUCCGCUCCCCGCCCUGCGAGCCGCGCCAGCGCAGUCGAGAAGACCGAGCGGCGACAGCGCCUGCGCGGUGGUGGCCGAGGCGGCUGGGGCUGUAGCGGCGAUGGAACCGUCGGAGCAGCUGAACGAGUUAGUGUCAGCCGAGGGCCGAAACCGGAAGGCGGUGCUGUGCCAGCGCUGCGGCUCGCGGGUGCUGCAGCCGGGGACCGCGCUCUUCUCCCGCCGGCAGCUUUUCCUUCCCUCCAUGAGAAAGAAGCCAGCUCUGGCUGACGGCAGCAAUCCUGACGGCGACCUCCUCCAGGAACACUGGCUGGUUGAUGACAUGUUCAUCUUUGAGAACGUGGGCUUCACCAAGGACGUGGGCAACAUCAAGUUCCUGGUCUGCGCAGACUGUGAAAUCGGACCGAUUGGCUGGCACUGCCUAGAUGACAAGAACAGUUUCUAUGUGGCCUUGGAACGGGUUUCCCAUGAGUAACUGAGGGGAGGGGGACUCACUCCACCCCUGCCCCAAUUAUAAAAGCUAUUCCCCACAAGGACUGGCAUUUAACCUGGUCUAACUGUUCCACUGCUGCCUUUUCUGUACUGAAAUAAGGGAUGUGACCAGCGUGUCCA